CAGCUUCCCCCGCCCCGGGCACCGCGAGAAGCUGCACCGAGGACACUUGCUCGCUCCCUCCCCUGGGGAGGGCAGGCUCCAACUCGGCUGCACUUCAGUGUUAUUGUGUUUUUUUUUGUAGUUGUUGUUGCUGCCCAGUUUUUUUUUAAGUGUCCCCGAUCCAGCCAGCUGCAAACAUUACAUCACUGACGAGAGACCCGGAUCCACACUCCCAACUUUGGGCAAUGGCUCUGCUCAAGUUUCAAUAAGAAAUGCCCGAGCUUCCCCCUCUCUUCCCGCUGUGACCGCAGGGAGCAGACCGCUGCCCGGGGCUGAGCUGACGGGUUUUGAAAAGUUAACCAGUGCACACAUUGAAUCCAGGAGAUGCCGCCGCCUCCUCCCCCACCUGGUCCUCCUCCUCCUCCAGCAUUUUCACAGGCAAAUACAGAGAAACCUUCACUAAGCAAAACUGAGCAAGUUGGAAGAAAUGCUCUUCUGUCAGAUAUAUGCAAGCCCAAAAAGUUGAAGAAGACAGUUACCAAUGAUAGAAGUGCACCAGUUGUUAGUGUUCCUAAAGGUCCUGGAGGAGGAGGAGGUGGCGGUGGUGGUGGUGGUGGAGGAGGUGGUGGUGGUGGAGGAGGAGGAGGAGGAGGAGUUGGUGGUGGACCAGCAGGUUUAGGUGGAUUAUUUGCAGGUGGAAUGCCAAAGCUGAGGUCUGCAGGAAGCCGAGAGAGUUCAGAUUCUGGUGGCAGUAGGCCUCCAAUUAUGCCUCCGGGUGGAAGAUCAUCUGGUCCCAGACCAUUUGCACCAAGCAACACUCCUCCAAAGAUACCUGGGUCAUCUGGUUUUCCAAGGAAUAAUAACCCUGAGCUAGCAAGAAAUAAAUUGCCGCAACCAAAGUUUUCAAGGCCAGAAAUAAGUUCAAAACCUGAUGCAGUACCGCCACCUUUACCAAAUGCACCAAGACCAUCAGCAUCAAGUAUGCAGAACAGGGGUCCUCCACCUGCAUUAGAAAAUCGACCACCCAUCAGGGGACCUUCACUACCAAAUCGCAAUCAAGGGUCUUCUCGCCCAUUCUCUCCAGCUGUUCCACAGAACAGUGCAAAUAGAUCUUUACUACCUCCCACACCUAACAGGGUUGUUGAGGACAAGCCUUCACCACCAAUGCCUCCAGUUCCCAGUACUAACAGACCUCCACUGCCUCCAACUCCAGUUAGGAUGACAGAUGAUAGGCCACUGCCGCCACCUAUGACAAAUAGGCCUUCACUUAAUAGGGAUGGUCCUCCACUCCCACCACCACAACAUCAGAAACCACCUGUCCCUCAAACACCUAGGCCAACUCCCUCUUUCCAAGCACCCCCACCACCACCACCUAAUCGGCCAGGACCAUCUUCCAAUCAUUCCAGCUCUGCUACAGAUGUUGACAUUCCAAAGCUCCCUCAACGAAAUUUGUCUCUCCACAGCACCCCUUCAACAUCACCAGGACCAAUUCGCAGUGGUCCUCUUCCUCCCAGUGAAAGACCUCCGCCUCCUGUGAGGGACCCACCCAGCAGAUCAGGACCUCUUCCUCCACCACCUCCAGUUGGUAGAAAUGGUAGUAGUCAGAAAGCACCACCUGUCCCACAGCCUCCGAGCAGAAUGGGUUUAGACACCAGGAGUGGCUUCAGACCCCCCCUUCCUCCUGACCGAGGAAGUCCUGUACCCCCACCAAUGUCACUGAGAAAUGGCUUCCAGGAGUCCUCACAAGCAAUGUGUGAAGAUGAGUGGGAAGGCAGAUUUUCUUUCCAUUCCAUCUCUGAUUUUCCACCACCAGAACCAUAUGUAAACUUCCCAAAAACUUAUCCUAGUAAACAGAACAAGGCAGAGAACAGAGAUUCAGGUCGGAGAGAGCGAGGAGCUCCACCCCUUCCACCAAUCCCACCUAUACCAAGGUGAAAACAGAUCUGGGUAUUGAAAACUCACAAAACGUCAUUCUACUCUUAGACCACCUUGCAUGCUUUAACUGCAGACUUGCUACAGGGAUGUUGAAUUUGCCUUUCAGCUCCAGUCAUUUUCAGCUGUAGAAAUGCUGGCUGUCUGGCAUUUGUUUAUCUGAUGCUUACAGCAUCUGGAAAUUUAAAAAAAAAUUCUCUUUUGCAUCUUUUGACUGCUUUAAUGUAAUACAUGCUAACUUGUUUACAAUACUAUGGACAUGAAAAAAAUGUACUUCGCAAGAAUAUUUCUUUAAUCUAUUUUAUACAGUCGCAAUAUCAGCUGGGUGCUCAAUGUAUAAUUGAUGUCU